GGAAAGCUCAAAACAAAGUUCACUCCUUUUUUUUCCUACGUGGAGAGUGACUGACUUUUGGGAGCUCGCUAUCACCAAGCAUUCUGAUCAACACUGAGAUAUCAGACCUGAGGUUUAACCGUGAAUGGAAGUAUCCCAGUUCAGAGGAGAAUUGAACUUGAGCAGGGACAUUGCUCCUCAGACAUCAAGAAAAAUUGCAGCCCGUGGGAAGAAUAUGAGAGUAAUUUGAUGGUGGCCAGCUGUCCAACACCUGCCCAGUCUGGGGUGAAACAGGUGCCCAACCAAGGAGUGAACAGGUCCAAACCUGUGCCAGCGACAUUUGGGUUUGAUACCUAUGGCAUCCCAAUUUAAAAUUGAAUACUUUGCACCCACAAAUUUGCACUGUUUGUGGUUUUGUCACCAUUUGAGUGACAUGGCUGAAGGAAUGACAUCAUCUACAGAUCUAAGAUAUAUCCUGUAUUCCACCUGUGUUAAUGGAACCUAUAUGCAUACACUUCUUAAUUUAGGUUAUGGUCAGAAACCACAGUUAAGGUUGGGGGAAAAAACACCUACUCCAAAUUACUUUGCACAACCCAGAAACUCUUAUAAAAGGUCCAGCAGCAGAUGUGCCCAGACACCUUCAGCUCAGCAGAGCCCAGCACAAGCAUCAGAAGCAGUAAGAGAAGGAAGGAAGAUGUUUCCAACUUUUUGCGCUUCUCUGGUAAGAACUUGAAUUCUGAGUUUAUUUUCCCCCAGUUUGACAGAGGCUUAUUUAAAUUCUAAUAGAUGGAAUAGGGAUCUGCACCCACCUUUAAAAUGCUUGUUUAAAUCAUUAAUAAUUAAAAAACUUGAAAUGUGAGAAUGCUCAUGGGACAGCAAUGAGACUGUACAUCAGUAACAUGAGCUCCCACAGCAUUUUCUGAGGCAAGAAAUACAUUGAAAACUCAACCUUAGAGUGUCUUUCUUUUUGUUAUACCCUUUCUGCUAUCUUCUCUAUUAUAUUAUUUUCUAUAAUUUAGCAUUACAGCCAGAUUACAGCUGGAUGUAACUAUAACUGUCAGCACUGUGAGAAUCAGUUAAUGAGAACAAAAGUGGAUGUGACAUACAGCACAUUUUUCCAUAAUUACUCCAACCUGCAGUAGGGACUUUAACCACCAGUUAGGCUGACAGUGGAUGAAUUUCAAACCUGUCUUUUGUCCUAAAUGUACCAAUUCCCUCCAGCUCAGAGCCCUGCUCCUCGUGCUGCUGGCCAUGCUGUCAGCCAGCAGUCCUGCCCAGGGGAAGGUGAUCAAGCCUGGGCUCAAGCCAGAGAAUCUCUUCAAGCAAGCAUCUGCUGGAUGCCUGAGCCAAAAAGACUCAAAAUUCCCCCAAACUGUGAGAGUCAACCUCAGCAUCAGCAACACAAACCAAGACACCAAAGCCAGCCCAGACAUCAGCAGUCGCUCUCUGGCUCCCUGGGAUUACAGGAUCGACGAGGACCACGACCGCUUCCCGCGGCUGCUCGCGGACGCCGAGUGCCGCCACACCCGCUGCGUGACUCCGGAGGGGCAGCUGGACCACAGCCUCAACUCCGUCCCCAUCACGCAGGAGAUCCUGGUCCUGCGCAGGGAGCAGAAGGGCUGCCAGCAGUCCUACAGGCUGGAGAAGAAAAAAAUCACCGUGGGCUGCACGUGCGUCACGCCCUUGGUCCAGCACCAGGCCUGAAGGGAGACGGAGGUGCAAGAGCAAGGAGCCCCAGGGAACUUCUUGUGUGGAAGGGGCCUUCAAAAAGCUGGAUCAAGCCAUAAAAUUUGUCAGGAAUACAUCAGUAUAUAUUGAAAAUUAGGUGUCUCGGUUAAAAAGUAAUGUUUUCCCCCAAAAUCUUGCACUGCACAAAUUCAGAAUCCAGACACCUUCAUGUGCCAGGCUGAAAAGUAAUGGGAACGCUACCCGUCCUUAGCUUACAUUUUGAAAUGUCUAUUUAUAUAAAUCUAUUUAUGCUGUUGGAAAACAUGAUAUUAAUGUAUUAUCCUAAUAUAUAUU